CUGCAUUCCACUCUUAAAUGUGGCGUCUGUGGUCUUAAACGCCAGCAAGAGGCCAUCUAAGAUGCAUCAAGGAGUCUCAACCCACCUGGAUCAAAGGAGAAUGAAGAACACCAAGCUCACAAGUUAAUUAUGAGCCCAAGAGACAGAAAGGGCUGCAUGAACUAGAGACUACAUCAUCCUGAGACCAGAAGAACUAGAUGGUGCCUGGCCACAACCGAUGACUGCCCUGACAGGGAACACAACAGAGAACCCCUGAGGGAGCAGGAGAGCAGUGGGAUGCAGACCCCAAAUUCUCAUAAAAAGACCAGACUUAAUGGUCUGACUGAGACUAGAAGGACCCCGGUGGUCAGGGUCCCCAAACCUGUUGGCCCAGAACAGGAACCAUUCCCGAAGCCAGCUCAUCAGACAUGGAAUGGACUGGACAACGGGUUGGAGAGAGAUGAUGAUGAGGAGUGAGCUACUUGUAUCAGUCUUCCUAAAAGAACAAAUGGAGGAAUCAGUAAACCAAAUGCAACCACUGAAUGAGAAGCAGAUAGCCAAUUCUGAAGAUGGAUAUGUAUGGCAAGUCACUGACAUGAAUCGACUACACCGGUUCUUAUGUUUUGGUUCUGAAGGUGGGACUUAUUAUAUCAAAGAACAGAAGUUGGGCCUUGAAAAUGCUGAAGCUUUAAUUAGAUUGAUUGAAGAUGGCAGAGGAUGUGAAGUGAUACAGGAAAUAAAGUUGUUUAGUCAAGAAGGCAGAACCGCAAAGCAGGAGCCUAUGCUCUUUGCACUUGCUAUUUGUUCCCAGUGUUCUGACAUAGGCACAAAACAAGCAGCAUUUAAAGCUGUCUCUGAAGUUUGUCGUAUUCCUACACAUCUCUUUACUUUUAUCCAGUUUAAGAAAGAUCUGAAGGAAAGCAUGAAAUGUGGUAUGUGGGGUCGUGCCCUCCGGAAAGCUGUAGCAGACUGGUACAAUGAAAAAGGUGGCAUGGCCCUUGCCCUGGCAGUUACAAAAUACAAACAGAGAAAUGGCUGGUCUCACAAAGAUCUGUUAAGAUUGUCACAUCUUAAACCUUCCAGUGAAGGACUUGCCAUUGUGACCAAAUAUAUUACAAAGGGCUGGAAAGAGGUCCAUGAAUUGUAUAAGGAAAAAGCACUUUCUGUGGAAACUGAAAAAUUAUUAAAGUAUCUGGAAGCUGUAGAGAAAGUUAAGCGAACAAAAGAUGAACUAGAAGUCAUUCAUCUAAUAGAAGAGCAUAGAUUAGUUAGAGAACAUCUUCUGACAAAUCACUUAAAGUCUAAAGAGGUAUGGAAGGCUUUGUUGCAAGAAAUGCCUCUUACAGCGUUACUAAGGAAUCUAGGAAAGAUGACUGCUAAUUCAGUGCUUGAACCAGGAAAUUCAGAAGUGUCUUUAGUAUGUGAAAAACUGUGUAAUGAAAAACUGUUAAAAAAGGCUCAUAUACAUCCAUUUCAUGUUUUACUUGCACUGGAAACUUACAAAACAGGGCAUGGCCUCAGAGGAAAACUGAAGUGGCAACCUGAUAAUGAAAUUUUGAAGGCAUUAGAUGACACUUUUUACAAAACAUUUAAGACAGUUAAGCCAACUGGAAAGCGUUUCUUGCUGGCUGUUGAUGUCAGUGCUUCUAUGAACCAAAGAGUUUUGGGUAGUAUACUCAACGCUAGUGCAGUUGCUGCAGCAAUGUGCAUGGUUGUCACACGGACAGAAAAAGACUCUUACAUAGUUGCUUUUUCAGAUGAAAUGGUACCAUGUCCAGUUACUGCAGAUAUGACCUUACAGGAGGUUUUAAUGGCUAUGAAUCAGAUCCCUGCAGGGGGAACUGAUUGCUCUCUUCCAAUGAUCUGGGCUCAGAAGACAAACACAGCUGCUGAUGUCUUCAUCGUGUUCACUGAUAAUGAGACCUUUGCUGGAAGCAUCCAUCCUGCUGCUGCUCUAAGGGAGUAUCGGAAGAAAAUGGGGAUUCCAGCCAAAUUAAUUGUUUGUGGAAUGACUUCAAAUGGUUUUACCAUUGCAGAUCCAGAUGAUCGAGGCAUGUUGGAUAUGUGUGGCUUUGAUACUGGAGCUCUGGAUGUAAUUCGAAAUUUCACAUUAGAUGUGAUUUAAGCAGCAGCGUGAUCUCAGAGGUCCAUUGCCAUCAGUGGAUCUAGCUAAAAAAUACACAGCUACUUGCCAGCUAAUCUUAGUCCAGUGAAAGAUGAUACAGUAUGUGCGUGAUGGAAAGUUAGUUUACAAAAAAAAAGGAUGAAGAAGAAAAAAUAAUAAGAUGAACCCAAAGUUCUUUCUGUCUACUAAACUACCCACCAACUAGCUCUUGGGAAAUAGCAUCCGAACAUACUUUAGCUUCCUCUAAGAGAGAGGACUUCUUGUUGAUAGGCACUGUAAAAUAGUCGAAUAGUAGAAUGGUUAUUUCUUUGGGGAAUAAGGAUAUUUGUACUUAAAAGAGGUGAGAGCCAAAAAAAAAUUCAAGUAGUUCCAUAUCAUAACAUUCUUAACAGCUUAUUUGAGAAGUUUUCUUAAGUGUUUUCAUUGGGAAAGGACAACUUUGAUAACUUCCAAAUACUCUGAAAUGCACUAGACCAUGUUACUGUGAUGGAAUAUGAAAAUCAUCUGUAAACUUUUAUACUAAAGGGGGAAAAUGCUGACAUUUGAUUAAAUUAUGAAUGAGUUUUUACCAGGUCUUUUCAGAGUCUUCUAAGAUCACAUAAAUAACAACAUAUUCAAUGAAAAAGAUAUUUUAUUUCUGAUGAGAAGAGACUAACGUUUGUGCCAAGGAAGCCUAUUUGUUUAAUUGCCACGAGUGAGAGGUGUGACUUGACAGUUCCUCUGAAUUACAGCAACACAGACAACAUGUACUCAUGCUUUCUUUUGUUCAUAAUCUUAAAACAUAAAAUGUUUCAAGCAUUUAACUCUCCCAUCCAUAAUGUUAAAAUUAUAACAAUUAAAAUUUCAAUUAUAACCAGAUUAGAUUUUUACUUCUAAAAAAAAUUUUUUUUUAGCCAAUUAUAAAUUGGUUUUAGAUCUUUUUUAAUUGUAAAAAUGUCAGUGGCCUCCUGUCUUUUUGUCUAGUAGUCAUUUUGUGGCAAACAUUUUUUUAAACAGUUUAAAACAUGACACUAGAUUUAUUGUUGUGGUAAAAAUAUAUAUGAUCCAGCAUUUGCCAGGUCACCAUUUUUCACAUGUACAGUUGUGUGACACUGAUUACAUUAGCAGACAUUCUUUUUUGAUAGUGGAAAAAAAUAAUAAAGCAAGCUAGGUCCUUCAGGUUUGAAAGGCAGUAUUUAGUAGUAUAUUACCACCAAGCAGUCUUUUAAGAAAUUAUUUCUCUUUUCAGUUUGUGUAAACUAAGCUUACUUUUCGUUACACUAAAGUACAUUAUUUACUUGAGCGAGUACCUCUUCCUCGCAGGGAGGUUUAAUAUUAAAGCAACCCGUUGAAAUGACAAAAUCUUCGCUUGUAGUUUUGUCAUCGUCGUCGAAGGUAGCUUACACGUAAAACCUCGAUUUGUAUUCAUUGUCCUUUAAAUAUUGAGGAUUUACUGUGGGAUUUAUAAAGCCCUUCUUAACCGUUAUGUGAAAAGUCAAACUAAUAAGUGUAAAUUACAGCCUUUUACGUGUUUGGGGCUUACAGGUUUUAUGAUUUGGGGAGGAAGGGGGCUUUGGUACUGUUAGAGUUGUAUAUUCUCCUCUGUUUCAUGGGAAAUUGGGCUCCAGGAGUGAUAAGAAAAUACUCCUUUUCAAAUUCUUAGUUGACAUGUUAAUAUGUAGCCAUUCCUUCAGGGGAACUGAUAGCAAUUUUUAAGUGUUGUGACUUACCUGGGAUUUUUUUUUUUUUUUUUUUGGUCAGCAAAGCUAAUAAUGGGAAAAAAUGCAUUGCUUUAGACCACUAUUAUGUGGUGGAUUUGAAAACAUUGUUUUUAACCCUCUGUCAAGCAUUGAAUUUAACAUGUUAGCUACUUUUGAUACAUUAAAAUGUUUUUCUGAUUAAAUUUAAAGUGUAAAUUCUAAUCGAAUUGUGUUAUAGCUCUUGAAUUCAAGUAAAUCCAAGGUUUUCUUCAAAUAAAUGGAGUAUAGUAUAAGUUUAUUUCCUUCAGUUAUAUGACUAUUUCUAUAGUACUUUUUGGAGUCCUUGUGGCACAGCGACCCUUUGGCUGCUAACCAAAAGGUCGGCAGUUCCAGUCCACCAGCAGCUUCUUAGAAACCUUAUGGGGCAGUUCUACUCUGUCCUAUAGGGUUGCUAUGACUUGGAAUCAACUCGACAGCAACAGGUUUUUAUAGUACUUUUAGUCAGAUAUAUCUAGGAGCUAAUAAUAAAUCCACCAGAGAAGGAUUAGAUGUGACCUUUCUGAAGUAUUUAGGUAAGUCUAAUUAAUUGGAUUAGGGUUAUAAUUUAAGAAAAAAAUAACGGAAACCAACACAGAAAGUAACAUUAUUUUCAAAUCAUGAAAUUUACAGCUGGAAAACUUAGAAAUUUAUCAGCUAACUUUUAAUUUUUGGUUAAAGCUCUAAGGUCCAAAAGAGAUCAUGGCUUUGGAGCACUAGACUUAGAAAUUCUAAGUCUCACGAAUCCCUUGCCAGUAUUCAUUUCCCCACAACACGGGAAGACUUUGGCUUAGAAGAGUAAGAGAUAAAAUGGGAUCAUUCAAGACUUUUAUUUAAAUAUUAGGAAACAAUGUAUAUACACAGUUAGGAAUAGAGAAACAAGGAGAUGUGAAGAGGUAUACUUGUGUAAUUCAUAGUAGUCCUCAAGCACAAUUAAUGUUGGUUGAAUAACCUGUGUUGAUACAUAGCAUAAUCCUGUAGAAAAAAAUUAAGAACUUUACCUCAUUAUAAAUAAAAUGUACUCAAGUGGUAAACAGGUUUUAUUUUCUAAGUUACUUUUAGGAUUUCUGUCACAUUAAUAUUUGGGAAAAUGUUUUUAAAAACAAUAUUGAGAAAAAUUAACUUUUUUCCUGGCUACUAUGUAAAUAUUUUCAGGAUAUAGUUGUCUAACUAAUGAAACAAAAACUAAUGAGCCCACCCCGCCUCAUUAGUUGAAAUUCCUUAGAAAUUCCCCUUAUUAAUACUGUUGUAUAUUAUUCAGUUAUAGUAACUUAUCAGGUUAUUAGUGAGGCAAGAUGCUAGUGAAUUAAAUUUAGUGUUACCUCUCUUGAACUUCUCUUGCUUUAAUUUAAAUGUGACUGUAGACAACUAGUUUAACUUCUCUGAUUUCACUAUUUUUAAAAAGUAACAUCUGAUCAAUGACUUAAUAUUUUUUUAAAGUUGAAACUGGAGGGAGGGCUCGCAAUACUAGUUAGAACUUUUUUUUACUGAAAACACUCUUGUUAAUAGAACGUGUUUUGAAAGAUAAAUAUUUUAGAAAAAUAGCUCAAUAAGCCUUCUUAAUUUUAACCACUCCAGUGCAGAGUAGAAAAUUUUUCACAAUGAAAGUGAGUACUAACAAGUUACUAUUCUCAAAAAACAGAAAAAGAACUAUAUUCCAAUUCUUGAAGAGACCUAGAGAAACACUCAUAUUCUAAAUGAGGAGAUGCUAUUAACAUUUACUUAAUCUUUUAAAAUAACAAGAAAAUCUCCAAAUGAUCAAAUACAACUGUAUCAGGCUUUUUUUUCCCCUUCGUUUUCUGAAAUUUUGUUUUUAAAAAAAACACAAAAUUCGUUUGGAAACAUAACUAGAACUCCUGAAUAAAUUUUAGGUCCUGACAAUUAGGUGGAAAAUAUCUUUAAAAGCACAAUAAAGCUACAUCUGAACGAUAAUUAAAAGCUAAGUCACUGUAACCUUUUUUUGGACUUAUUUUAAUUUGGCAAAAGGAUAUUACAGCAACAAAUCCAAAUAUCUUGGUGACUCCCUUAAAAUGGGUAAAAUGAAAAAUUCUAGUCCUCAUAUACCACAGGUAUGGUGUGAUUUGAUAAUAUCCUUCUAGAAAAAUGUCAUAUAGCCUCAAUAUAAACACGCACAAGGAAGAAUUAGAAGAAGAAGAUAGGUUAAGCUAUGAAAUUAGUUGUAUUUACUAUAUUUUUUUUAUUUAGCAUUUAUUACAUGCUCCCUAAUCUCGUUUGUUGGGAAGAUUGCUUUUAUACCUCUCUUUUCCUUUCUUUUGACAUUUUUUGUAUAUUUCUUUUUCUAAUCCUGUUGCAUCUGGGUAGUAAAAAUUAGGUUUGGGAUGUUAAUUUGCAGAUUGCUGUUUGUUCCACAUAGAUUUAAAGUUGUAUUUUUUUUUUUUAAUUAAUAAUGGGCAGGUCUUUAGGAAAAACAAUUGACUUGAUAUAUUCUCUCCCCAAAUUAAAGUUACAUUAUGUACUUUUUGUAUUAGAUAUUUGCAGAAAUUUUGUGGCCUUUUGAGUAAGGUCAGUUAUUCACCCUUUGUUUGCAAUUAUAAAUGUACUUACCUGUAUUUGAGAAGUGCUCUCCUAUGUAAGCACUCUUAGAAAAAUAGCAUGUCUCAAUGCUCAUCCCAUAAUUUUAAAGACUACUGUCAACAUCUUUGGUCUACUAAAUAGUUCACUGAGCUUCUGUGUAUACGGUGUGUAGGAUUAAGAGUCUUGUAAAUAACUUGUAUUGACAUUCAACAUUUUUUUUUAAACUGGUCAGCUUUUUCCUUUUUUGAAAAAUUAGUUACUUAAAAAGUUAAUUCUAUAGUAAUAUUUUUCAUGUAGAAAACUCAUAUAUAGCUAAGCAUACUGUCUGAAUAAAAUUAAACAUUUUCUAAACCCCCAAAAUGCCAAAUUAUAUUGGAAAGAGGUAAAGAAACAAACUAGAGGAGUUACACUGCAAAAUUCUAUUACUGAGAUUAAUGUGAUUAUUUUCAAUGAGAAUAUACAAAAGCUGUUUCUGAUCCUUUAAGAGAUUUUUUCCCUUCUAUUUGAUAGCAUUACCAUGCAUAUUAAUUUUAUAAACAAAUGAUACUUGAUUUUUAAUUUGAAAACAUAUUUAAAUUUCUACACUUUUAGAAGUUAUCACAGUCUGUGCUUGGACAAAAUAAAUAGUAAAUCAGCUACAUUUCUCCUGGUUUCACUUAAUGAACACCUGAAUUGUAAGGGUAGUGAAUGAGGUUAAAGUCUUUGUUUUAAAUAUCGCAUUACCACAGAUAAUGGAUGGAAUAUUAAUACUGACAUUCUAUUGAAACUUAUGUUUAAGUUACUUGUUAGGCUUUAUUUGCAAAUGUAAACUUCCAGAAUCCAUACAUGGCCAAAUUACGAUAUAUGAAAUUAUCUACAAAAUCAGGUGGGAUUAGGGAGAGUAUUGUAAACUAGUUCUAAACUGCCCAUUUGCUUUAUUAAAAACAGGCUUUGAUGUCCAAAAUUGACCACUUGACGAAUAUUUACAUUAUACAGAACAAUGUUUACAUAGAUUGUAUAGAAUAAAAUUUAAGUGUGCAAGAGCCUUAAAGUGAAAAAAAAUGAACCUCUGACUGCCUUAAAAUAGCACUCCAGCACAGGCAUUCUAGUUACUUUCCAUGGGGUCUGUUUGUUAAGUAAUGCCUUAAUAGUGUUUCUGAAGUACAGAACUCAAAUGGUCUUUCAGAACUUUUAGAAUAUAAUGAAUGGAAGUUAAACAAUUAAGUUAAAAUCUGACUGUACAUGAGCAGUUUAAGCACCCAUUGACAAGCUAAUCUGUGCAUACCAAUACGCUAUACAUACGUGAUUGUUAACAUUAGUAAUAUUUUUGGUAGUUUGUUUUAUUUUGUAUAAUAAAUUAUCCAAGAAGCUGGACUUUAUAACAUGACCUCCAAGGACCAAGUUGCAUAUUUAACACUACAAAUGAAAAAUACAGUUGUACAGUUACAAAAAUGAUUAAUUUUAUAAUGGAGUUUUUCAAGACAAAAGGCAAAUAUUUUGUCUCAAUCCUAUAAACAAAUCUAUUCAAAGAAGGGAACAUAGUAGUAAAACAUUGGGACGACUGCAAUAAAAAGCAUCCUGGCCAAGAUUUGUUUAAUUAUGGUCACAUUUUUACAUUCACUUUGCCUUUCAAAGCAGGAAUAUUUUAUAAACCUAAAAGAGAAAUUGUCAGGCUGGUGCUUAAAGGUAUAUAAAGUUUGAUUUAUAACAAGUUUAUUUUAUUUCAGAGGACCCUGAAAAGAUAGGGGAGGGGAUUCUGUCUGUUGAUAAAGUGAUGCUUUGUCAAGUCUUCCAAGUUUUUUCUGUAUAUAACACACCUAAAAAUGUAAUUUUGCUGUUUUCUGAUAGGAAAUGGGUGAAUAUACUAAUGUAUUAAAUUUAUUUCAAGAUAAAAGUUUUCACUGGUACUGUGGAACCCUGACUUUCUCUCCUUGCCAGCCUUGCAAAAUACCACACUGAAUAAAUCAUUUUGGACAUGGAGUGCAGGUGGGCACAAUAUGAACUGUUUCUGAUCAUCUGUAUUGAUACUGUAGAAAUUCAUAGGUGUACAAAAUAAACUAUGCAUAUCAAGUAUCUGUCUAUUUCUUUCAGGAAGUAUGAAUGUUAAGGUUACAGCAUACCUUAUGAAAUCAAAAGCCCUUAGGUAAUUAACCUGUUGGAAUAUUUGAAGAUGAAGUGAAAGCUUAACUAACAUCCAUUUAAUGCCUCUAAUUGUAUACCAGUAUAAGUAUUUAAAAUACAUGUUGUUGGGGAUUAGUUUCCAAUGGAAUUCAAUUAUAGGAUCAGGAAAAUUGAAAUGAAAUGCAAAUUCUUAAAGAGAGGUUUGAAACAGGAUUCUUUUGUGAAAAGAUUAAUCUACUCAGAGUUGCCUUUGGGAAAAGCCAUCAUUUUAACACUAAAAAAUGGCAACUAUGGAAAUAAAUGAUUCAGGCCCAAAUCAUAGGAAUUUCUUUUCUCUCUGAAUUGCCAAAAAACUUACCUGAAAAAUUGUGAAAUCUGACCUGUGGAUAAUGCAAAAAGGGUGAGAGCAAGUUACAUCAGGAUAUACCCACCAAAACCUUUGAUUUUUCAGUUUUCUAUUUAAAGAUAGGGUCAAAAAUUGCAAUGAGAUAGGAAGACAACAAAGUAUACAUUUCUUCAUAGAUGAAGAAAACUAGAUUUUAAACAUUUUAACCAAAUAUCUCAAAAUCUGCCCAAAGAAGUUGCUCAGAUGUUUUUUAUGAGGUAUUUUUGUGUAAUAUCUAAUGAUAAAAUGAACAGUGGCUUUUUAAUAUUAAUGGACUCCAGCAAACAGUUCUUUCAUUUCAUAUCUUAAAACGGAAAUACCGUGGGGGAUAAAAAAGAAUGGCCACCGGACUUUGUAGCUUAUGAUUCUUGAAGUAAAGCAGAGCUGCUGGAACAACUCAUACUUCCUAGUUUUGCUUUAUAUUAUACUUUGACCCAGCUCUAAGUAUGGGAAAAAAAAGCCCUAGUGGCACAGUGGUUAAGCACUUGACUGUUAACCAAAAGGUCAGCAGUUUGAACCCACCAGCCACUCUUCAGGAGAAUGAUGUGGCAAUUGGCUUGCAGCUUCCAUAAAGAUUACUGGCUUGGAAACUCUAUGGGGCAGUUCUACUCAGUCUUACAGGGUUGCUAUGAGUCAGAAUCCAGUCAAAGUCUAGGCUAGGCUAGGCAAGGUAUGGGGAAGUAGAAAAAAAAUCGACAUCGGAGGCAACAUUAAAACCCAGCUGCUCACUCCUCCCCCAUCCCCAAAUCUUGGCUAGGUACCUAUGGACUAUGCGAAACCCUGAUAGAUCCACAAGAAAACCACAUUUCAGAGCAAGUGUGGUUACUAACCAUCACAAACUGAGUAUAUACUCUAUGCAUGAUUUACAUAUAUUACCUCCACUCCUCAGAACCUAAAAUUAGAUGGUAUCCACAUUUUAUAAGUAACCUGAAGUCCCAAGAGAUUAAGCCAUCUACUUUUCACAGCUAGUAUCUAUUAAUUUGAACAUUUAUCUGUCUUGUUAUAAAAACCCAUUGCCAUCGAGUCAAUUCUGACUCACAGUGACCCUAUAGGACAGAGUAGAACUGCCCCAGAGUUCCCAAGGAGCACCUGGUGGAUUUGAACUGCUGACCUUUAGGUUAGUAGCCAUAGCACAAAACUACUAUACCACCAGGGUUUCCUGUCUUGCUAUAGUUGCUGAAAAUACCAGGUACUGUUCCAGCCCACACCCAUUACUGUUAAUUUAUAAUUAUUCUCUUCCAGUACGUGAAUGAAAAAAUCAAAAGGGAUAAAUGAACCCAAGAUUUAAAUGCAUAUACACUGAGCCAUUGGGAGUGGUGCUAUGUGGAUGGUGUAAUUAUGGAUAAUUUUACUUUUUGGUUGUUGUUAUUGUAUACACAUAUGUAUCUGUUUUUAUCUCCAAAAUUACUAUUUUCACUCUCUCCACAAAUCUCCAACAGUUUUCCCCAUUCAUCACUAAAAUGAUGACGUUACCCCAUAUUUAAAAUAUAUAAACAACCAGAGGGGAACUUCCUUGUCUUCUCGCCUUCAAAUUUUCCAAUGUAGCUUUCUGCCUUUACUCCUAUCAUGAUGGAUAAAAUGACUGUUUAUCCAGAGGCCCUCCCCUCCACUUGGGCUCUGAAGUCAGUCCCCUCUCCUGCUCCCACAACUGGGUCUGAUGCACCUGAUGUGCUUAAUAUCUGUUGGAUGAAUUAACUUCUCUGUCCUCAAAACCCUAGUGGCAUAGCGGUUAAUUGCUACAGCUGUCAACCAAAAGGUCGGCAGUUUGGAUCCACCAGGCAUUCCUUGGAAACCCUAUGGGACAGUUCUCUGUCCUAUAGGGUCACUAUGAGUUAGAAUCCACUCGACAGCAGUGGGUUUGGUUUUUGAUUCUGUACAAGCAGUUUUAUUAAUCCUUUUUAAGGAACCAAUUCUUGGAUACGUCAAUGGUCUCUCUGUUUCCUAAUUCAUUAAAUUCUGCUCUUUGUUUUCUGCUUUGGAUUUCUUGUUCUUUUUCUAGUUUCUUCAAUUUUGUUGAAAUUUUCUAUGUUCUGCAUUCUUUGGAUUUUUUCUUUUUCUUAGCUUCUUAAAAUUCGAUGAGAUUUGUCAGAGGCAAAUGGACAAAUAUUGUAUAAGACCACUAUUAUAAGAUCUUGAGAAAUAGUAUAAACUGAGAAGAACACAUACUUUUGUGGUUACGGGGAGGAGGGAGGGAGGGAGAGGGUUUUUUUUACUGAUUAAUUAGCUGAAAAGAACUGCUUUAGGUGAAGGGAAGGACAACACUCAAUACAUGGAAGGUCAGCUCAACUGGACUGGACUGGACCAAAAGCAAAGAAGUUUCCAGGAUAAACUUCAAAGGUCAGCGGAGCACGGGCGGGGGUUUGGGAACCAUGGUUUAAGGGGACUUAUAAGGCAAUUGGCAAAAUAAUUCUAUUAUGAAAACAUUCUGCAUCCCACUUUGAAAUGUGGCGUCUGGGGUCUUAAAAGCUAACAAGCGGCCACCUAAGAUGCAUCAGUUGGUCUCAACUCACCUGGAGCAAAGGAGAAUGAAGAACACCAAGGUCACACGACAACUAAGAGCCCAAGAGACAGAAAGGGCCACAUGAACCAGAGACCUACAUUAUCCUGAGAACAGAAGAACUAGUUGGUGCCCGGCCACAAUCGAUAACUGCCCUCACAGGGAGCACAAUAGAGAACCCCUGAGGGAGCAGGAGAUAAGUGGGAGGCAGACCCCAAAUUCUCAUAAAAAGACCAUACUUAAUGGUCUGGAUGUGACUAGAGGAAUCCUGGCGGUCAUGGUACCCAAACCUUCUAUUGGCACAGGACGGGAACCAUCCCUGAAGACAAUUCAUCAGACAUGAAAGGGACUGGACAGUGGGUAGGAGAGAGAUGCUGAUGAAGAGUGAGCUAAUAAUAUCAGGUGGACACUUGAGACUGUGUUGGCAUCUCCUGUCUGGAGGGGGGAUGGGAGGAUAGAGAGAGUUGGAGGCUGCCGAAGUUUUCACGAAAGGAGAGACUGGAAGGGCUGACUCAUUAGGGGGAGAGCAAGUGGGGUAAGGAGUAAGAUGUAUAUUAACUUAUAUGUGACAGACUGACUUGAUUUGUAAACGUUCACUUGAAGCUCAAUAAAAGUUAAUAAAAAAAAUUGAUGAGAUUUGCUAUAUGGCAUUGAGUAUAAUCAAUUUUCAUAAAGGUUUAGUAUGUGCUUGAAAUAAUGCAUAUUUUCUCCAAAUCUUGGGUGUAGUAUUCUAUAUAUGAUCAUUACAUCAAACUUAUUAAUACUUAAAUCUUCUAUAGGUUUACUAAUAUUUUUUGUCCAUCAAUUACUGAGAUGUUAAAAUCUGCCACUAUAAUGAUGUCUCUGUCGUUUGUCCCUUGUAGUUCUGUCCAUUUUUGUUUUAUAUAUUUUGAAACGUUACUAGUUAAUACAAGCUUAAAAUCAUUAUGCCUUUCUCCAUCUAAGAAAUAUCUAUUGCUCCCAUCCCAUUCGGAGCAAAGGAGAAUGAAGAAAACCAAAGACACAAGGAAAAUACCAGGCCAAAGGACUAGUGGACCACAUGAACCACAGCCUCCACCAGCCUGAGUCCAGAACUAGAUGGCGCAUGACUACCACCACCAACCACUCUGAAAGGCAUCACAAUGGUGGGUCCAGGACAAAAAAAAAAAAAAAACCCCAUUGCCAUCGAGUCAAUUCUGACUUAGAGCGACCCUAUAGGACAGAGUAGAAUUGCCCCAUAGAGUUUCCAAGGAGCACGUGGUGGAUUCAAACUGCUGAACUUUUCAUUAGCAGCCGUAGUUCUUAACCACUAUGCCACCAGGGUUUCCAUGUCCAGGACAGAGCCAGGGAAAAAUGCAGAAUGAACUUCAAAUUCACAAAAAAAGACCAUACUUCCUGGUACAACAGAGACUAGAACCCCCAACACCUGCUCGCCCAGAACUGACACCAUUCCCAAAGUCUACCUUUCAGCCAAAGAUUAGACAGGCCUAUAAAACAAACAAUAACACACGUAAGGAAUGUGUCUCAUAUAUUCAGUCAAGUAUAUGAGACCAAGUGAGCAACACCUGCCCAAAAGCAAAGACGAGAAGGCAGGAAGGGACAGGAAAACUGGACGAAUGGACAAGGGGAACCCGGAGUAGAAAGGGGAAGAGUGCUGACACAUUGCAGGGAUUGCAACCAGUGUCACAAAACAACUUGUGUAUAAAUUUUUGAAUGAGAAACUAAUUUGCAUUGUAAACUUUCACCCAAAGUAAAAUAAAAUUUAAAAAAUAAUAAAAUCAUUAUACCUUUCUGCUGAACUUUAUUCUUACUAUUCAAUCUAGAAAUGCUUAUUAAAGUAUGCUUUCUUAUACUAUAACUAAUCAGGUUUCUUUCAGUUGUUUUUUGUCUGACAUCUUUUUCUAUUCUUUCACUUUCAACCAUUCUGUGUUCUUCUGUUUUAAAAAUGUUUCAGGCGUGUCUCUUGUAAACACAUAUUUUGCUGAAUUUUUUAAAAAUCAAACCUGUAAAAUACUUUUCAUAGUCAAUUUAUAUUUUUUGUAACUACUAAUAUACUUGUAUUUCUGCCAACCAUUUGUUUUCUCCUUAUCACCUUCGUGACUGAGUGAUAUUUUCCCCCUCAUUUUUCUCCCCUGCCUUUUCUUCUAGUCUUUUAUUGGUUACCUUAGAAACUCAACACAAUCUGAAAAUAAUAGUUUUACCCUCCUCUUGGACUGGCACAGUGUUUAAGAGCUCGACGGAGUUCAAAUCCACAAGCCACUCCCUGGAAGCCCUAUGGGGCAUUGUGAGUUGAAAUCACCUUAAUGGCAAUGGGUUUGGUUUUGGUUUGGUCUUAAACUUGAGGUGAACAGAAAAUGUCAAAGGCAGCUUGAGAAGACAAAGUGAAGUAUUAUAAAGACACGUGCAAAAAAUGGGAAUUCCAGGACACUUUUAAUUGUGCUCAUGUGGAACCUAUACCCAGACCAAGAGGCAGUUGUUUAAACAGAACAAGGGGAUACAGCGUGGUUUAAAAUCAGGAAAGGUGUGCAUCAGGGUUAGAUCAUUUCACCAUACUUAUUCAAUCUGUGCUGAGCAAAGAAUCUGAGAAGCUGGACUGUAUGAAGAAGAACGUGGCAUCAGGAUUUGGAGGAAGACUCAUUAACAACUGCAAUAUGCAGAUGACACAACCUCGCUUGCUGAGAGCAAAGAGGACUUGAAGCACUUACUGAUGAGGAUCAAAAACUACAGCCUUCAGUAUGGAUUGCACUUCAACAUAAAGAAAACAAAAAUCCUUACAACUGGAUCAAUAAAUUACAUCAUGAUAAAUGGACCAAAGAUCGAAGUUGUCAAGGAUUUCAUUUUACUUGGAUCCACAAUUCACAUCCAUGGCAGCAGCAGUUAAGAAAUCAAAAGACAUAUUGCAUUGGACAAAUCUGCUUCAAAAAACUUCUUUAAAAUGUUAAAAAAUAAAGAUAUUUCUUUGAGGACUAAGGUGCACCUGACCAAAGCCAUGGUAUUUUCAAUCGCCUCAUGUCCAUGCGAACCUGGACAAUGAAUAAGGAAGCUCCAAGAAGAACUGAUGCCUUUGAAUUACGGUUUUGGUGAUGAAUAAUGAAUACACCAUGGAUCUCCAGAAGAAGAAACAAAUCUGUCUUGGAAGAAGUACAGCCAGAAUGCUCCUCAGAAGUGAGGAUGGCGAGAUUUCAUGUCACAAACUUUGAGCUUCUUAUCAGGAGGGACCAGUCCCUGGAGAAGGUCAUCAUGCCUCAUAGAGGAUCAACGAAAAGGGGGAAGACAUCAGAGGAGUUUUCUUCUUUAUUAAAUAAAGCCAUAAGUGAUAACUAGGUAUAUUACCUUCUCUGGAAUUUUUGAGCUUUGAUAAGAUUUCUCUCCUUAACGUUUCAUUAUGUCAAGGUCUAAGCAUAGUCAAGAAUCAACUGCUCAUUCCCCACCCUCCUACCAAUCUAGGAAGAGUUCAUAAAAAGAUGUUUUUUUGCAGUCAACACAACUUGGUCAGUGCUUCUACACCUUGAGGACCUUUGAUACCUAAUAUGAUUGGCAGUGAUGACAUACAAUUACAAUUUUGCUUUUCUCAUACAUUUUCUAACAGAUUAUACAACAGCAUGCAUGUAGAAUUUUUCAUAACAUAAUGUAGAAUAAAAGGACUAAAACCCAAAAAACCAAACCCAGUGCCGUCGAGUCGAUUCCAACUCAUAGCGACCCUAUAGGACAGAGUAGAACUGCCCCACAGAGUUUCCAAGGAGCGCCUGGUGGAUUCAAACUGCCGACUCUUUGGUUAGCAGCCAUAGGACCUAACCACUACGCCAUCAGGGUUUCCAAAAAGGACUAAAGAGCAUCACACUCUCUGUUCCAUACCAUUGUUAUAACUUAAAUAAAUUACCACAUGGGAAUAAAAUCAUCUAAAUUCUUGCUUUAACAAGGUCUAACGACAGUUUAACAAGGCUAUGAAGGAAGCAUCAUUGUUGGCAAAUGGCCAUGAAAGCCACUGUCUGACUUCCUCAGGACUGUCUCAGAUUCCCUGGUCCAUCUUGACGAGAAAGUAGCAGCACUCACUAUAUCUUAAAAUCCAUUUUCCUACCAUUUCUGAGGAAGAGAUUUCUCUUUUCUGCAUCUGAUGAUCUUCCUAUGUGACUCUGUGGGAUCAAUUAGGAAAAUGCUUUGUAAAGUAGGCAUUUAAAAAAUUAUUGCUAAUAAGAAGCUGGAGAUAUGACUUGAUUACUAGAGUACAUAAAAUAUUUUCUUUAUUCUGAAAUAAGACUUCCUAGAGUUACCCUAUCUUCAGUUUAUCUGAAAUAAAACCAGUCAGAGAACUGCAGAAUCAAAUAAACUUAUGUCAAAAAUCACUUUAGGGAAUUUCAAGUCAACCCUCUCAUCUAAUACCUGAAUCACUUAUGAAACAUUUCCAACAGUUUUUCAAUACAUUCUGGAAGUGAGAAUUCUUCACACCUCAUAACAUAACUCAAGUACAUUUCUGAACUAUUUCAAAAGUUCAUCCUCAAAUCCCAAAGAGUCCACAAGAAAACUUCUGGAGCUAACAGAGGAAUUUAGCAAAGUUUCAGGAGAUAAGGUCAACAAAUAAAAAUCAGUUGGGUUUCUAUACACCAGCAGUGAGAAAUCUAAAAGGGAAAUCUGGGAAACCAUUCCAUGUACAAUAGCAUCUAAGAGAAUAAAAUACCUAGAAAUAAAUCUAAACAGGAACAUGAAGGACUUAAAAAUGAAAACUCUAAAACACUGCUGAAAAAGAUUAAAGAAGCCUUAAAUAAAUGAAAAGAUGUUCCACGAUCAUGGAUUGGAGGACUCAGUAUUUUUAAGAUGUCAAUAUUACCCAAAGCAACCUAUAAAUUUAACACAAUCCUGAUCAAAAUUCCAAUAGCCUUCUUUACAGAAAUAGAAAAACUAAUCAUCAACUUUAUAUGGAAUGACAACAGGUCCUGUAUAGAUAAAGCAAUAAUAAAAAGAACAAAGUAGGCGGAUUCACACUUUCUGAUUUUAAAAUAUACUAUACAGCUACAGUCAACCCUCCUUAUCCAUGGGUUCCAUAUCCAUGGAUUCAAACAAUUACAGGUAGAAAACAUUAGGAAAAAAAAUGUGUUAUUGCUGACAUGUACUAUAUAACUAGGCCUAGGAUGGCUACAUCUGUACUGAACAUGUAGACUUUUUUUUUUCUUGUCAUUAUUUCCUAAACAAUACAGUAUAGCAACUGUUUACAAAGCCUUUACAUUGUACUAGGUAUUAUAAGUAAUCUAGAGAUGAUUUAAAGUAUAUAGGAAGAUGUGCAUAGGUUAUAUGCAAAUAUUACACCAUUUCAUAUAAGGGACUUGAACAUUUGUGGAUUUUGGUAUCUGUGGGAGGUCCUGGAACUAAUCCCGGGCAGAUAUCAAGGGACAGCUGUACAGUAAUCAGACAGCCUCGUACUGAUAUAACACAGACACAUAGACCAAUGGAAUAGAACUGAGAGUCCAUAAAUAAGUGCAUAAAUAAACCCACACAUCUAUGGUCAGCUGAUUUUUAACAAGGGUGCUAAGUGCAUUCAAUGGGGAAUGAAGAGUCUCUUCAACCUAUGGUGCCCGGAAAUUUGGAUUUCCACAUGCAGAAAAAUAAAACAGGGUCCAUAACCCAUACCACACAUAAAAACGAAUUCAUUAAGGACCUAAAUGUACAAACUGAAGAAAAAGCAGGGGCAACACUGUCAGGCCUAGCUUUUAACAAUGGAUAUUAUCUACCAUAAUGACAAAAGCACAAACAGUAAAAGACAAAAUAAAUGGGACUUCAUAAAAAUAAAAAACUUUUGUUCACGCAAAGACUUUACCUACUGACUGGGAGAAUACGUUUGGAAACCAUAUAUCCGACAAGAAUCUAAUAACCAAAAUAUAUAUAUAAAACUUGGACAACUUAACGACAAAAAGACAAUCUAAUCAUAAAACUGGCAAAGGGCUUGAAUAGACAUUUCACCAAAGAGGACAUUCAAAUGGCCACCAAACACAUGAAAACAUACUCAGUGUCAUUAACCAUCAGAGAGAUGCAAAUCAAAAUCCCAAUGAGAUACCAUUUCACUCCCACUAGGGCGGCUAGAUUAAAAACUAACAGAAAAUAAACAAAUGUCGGCAAGGAUAUGGGAAAACUGGAACCUUUACCCAUUGCUGGUGGGAAUGCAAAAUCGUACAGCCGUUAUGGAAAACACUGUGGUGGUUCCUCAAAAAACUGAAAACAGAACUACCAUAAACCAAAACAACCAGUCGCCAUCAAGUCAAUUCCAACUCAUAGCGACCCUAUAGGACAGAGUAGAAUUGCCCCACAGAAUUUCCAAGGAGUGCCUGGUGGAUUCAAACUGCUGACCUUUUGGUUAGCAGCAGCAGCUCUUAACCACUACGUCCCCAGGGUUUCCAGGACUACCGCAGGACUUAGCAAUUCUGCUGCUAGGUAUAUACCCAAAAAGAUUUGAAAGUAGAGACUCGUGAAAACAGACAUCUGUAUACCAGUGCUCAAUGCAGCACUAUUCACAAUAGCCAAAUAGUGGAAACAACCUAAAUACCCAUCAACAGAUGAAUGGAUAAACAAAACUUGGUAUAUACAUACAAUGGAAUACUCAGCCAGUAAGAGAAAUGAAGUCUUGAUACAUGCUAUAAUGUAGAUGGAGCUGGAAGACAUAUGCUGAGUGAAAUAAGUCAAUCACAAAAUGCUAAAUGACCUCACAUAAAAAGACAAGAAAAGGCAAAUGCAUAGAGAAUAGAGUUUAUUAGUAGAUAUCGGGGGUGAGAGGGAGGGGGAAAGGAGGGUUAGCCAUGAUGGAAAUAUGACAUUGAUUAGGGCAGGGCUGCACAGCCGAUUACUAUAAUUGCUGUCCAUAAGUUGUACACCUGUAAAAAGCUGAAGUGGCAAAAGUUGUGUGAUAGAUAAAUUAACAACAAUGACCAAAAAAAAAAAAAGAGUAGCUGCUGAUGCUUGUCAUGUACAAUCAAACACCUCACGGGAUAUGGUUUCUUAGUUUAGAGGUUUAGGGUCAUGGUUUCAUGGGCCAUCCCAGUUAACUGGCCUAAUAACUUCUUUAAUGCUUCUGUUCUGUCUCCUAGUUCAACAUGUAGUGCCUGGGAUCUUAAAAGUUUGUAAGUGGCCAUUCAAGGCACAAUUGGUCUCUAUUCACCUGCAGCGAGAGGAAGAAGGAAAGUCAGGAACAGAAGGAGGAUAUGGAAUGUGUGGCUAAUUGCUCCAUGGCUAACUGUCUCCUUUGCUAUGAGACCAGAACUCAUGGUGCCCAGCUACCAUUACUGAACAUUCUGAUCACAUUCUAUAGAAGAAUCCUGAUCAAAAGAGGGAAAAUGCAGCACAAAGAUUAAAAUUCUCACGGACUCCAGAAUUCCUGGAGCCAUGAAGGUUGGAUGAGCCCCUGAAACUAUUGCCCUGAGAUUAUCUUUAAACCUUAAACCAAAAAUAUUCCCUGAAGUCUUCUUAAAACUAAAAAUAGUUUAGCUUGACUAGUAAAAAAUGUCUGCCUUGAGCAUUAUGUUCUUUUAAGACUAUCUACAUGGGAUCAAAUUGACAACAGCCACUUGAAAAAUUAAAUAGGAACCUUAAACCAAAAAACCAAAUCCAUUGCCAUCGAGUCAAUUCCAACUCAUAGCGACCCUACAGGACAGAGUAGAACUACCCCAUAGCGUUUCCAAGGAGUGCCUGAUGGAUUUGAACUGCUGACCUUUUGGUUAGCAGCUGUAGCACUUAACCACUAUGUCACCAAGGUUUCCAACAGGCACCUUCGGGGGUAAUAAAUUUAUGUUAAUGUGGUAGGAACAAAUGAGAAAAGAAGGGUGAGAGUGGUUGCACAACUUGAAGAAUGUAAUCAAUGUCCCUAAAUUGUACACGCAGAAACUGCUGAACUGGUGUGUGUUUUGCUGUCUAUAUUCUCAACGACAAAAUGAAUAAAACUAUAAAAAAAAAAAAAAAAGAAUUUUA